AAUCGGUGAAAGGAGAGGAUGUAAACCUAGAAGGGACAGGUAUCAACGAAUGGUGAAUGGUGAGUGACUUGCGCUCAAGAAUGCUGCAAUGACGAAGUGUAAGUGAACUGAACGUUCGACAUUGCCGUCAUGUCACUUAGCCUCGCAAGCUUAUCAGUGUUAAGGGCAGUUUGGACAAAGAACUGGUCUGUGCAUAAACUGUGGGGGUCAACCCCCAAACCCCAAAAAGAACCUCGAAGCUACGAUACUCACAAGUUCUAUAUCCGCAACCUGCUCACAACUUUUGUACUCAUAUCUUGGUUUCAUCUUUGCCAGCGCAUCAAACACGUACGAGAGAUGACAUUUGCCAUCACCAUGAAUGGCAGAACGCAGUACCAGUUCAGCUUUUGGAGUUCUGCCCUGGUACCUAUCUUUGACGCCCUGCACUUGUAGUGUUAGAUUGUGACAUUGCUCAGCAUUCUUAUAAUGGAGCAAUGGCUUCCAGGGUGGAUCCCUAGCUUGGCAUCCAAGCCGCUGCUUACUAUGUAUGAUUUCAUCU